UAAUCAAUUUCUUCAGAAUCAUUCAGAAUUGAUUCGAUUAGAAAUUAAUUUUUCACCCUGGAGUCAUAUUUUUUAUGGUAAAAAAGAUAAAAAUAGUAAAUAAGAUCAUCUUUGAAAAGAACAUCUCUUUAAAAAAACAUAGUUGAAUUUGAAAAGAGGCGCAUUCCUCUGGUCUGUAAUGAUUUAAUUACACGUCGAGGAUUUGCUUCGGGGUGUUACGUAGUUGAGAGCACUUGAGACAGACAAUGCAAAGACCUACAAAGACCUAUCUCCUCUGUGGUAUCUAAGCUGUGUUUACACUUCCGCUCUCUUUACCCCAUUCUUCUAUACAACAACUGUGUAUAACUGUGUGAUGCAUAUAUUUUUUUUCAUUCUUUUUCUUUCUCUUUCUAUUUCGCAGUUCUAUCACGUCCGGUAGUAAUAUACAGCCGGACAUUCGUAUCUCUCUCUCUUCUACUCAACUCUAUUUCUAUAUACUCAACGCUGUAGUUGAAGAUCCGCGCACCCCUCGCAAACAAAAGCCUCAUCGAUCAAACAUACUAUAUUCCUUGAAGAUGAUUCUAUAUUCAUUUUAUGAAUAAGCAAGUUUCAUUGACUCCUUUUUGUAAUAAUAACGUAGAAUAAUAAUUUAUUGCGCUGAUCUACGAAGAGCAAUCAUAGACCGAAGUAGAGCUCGCUUUUCCUAAGAGCGAUUGUCCGCCCUUGCUGACUUUCCCUUCGUAUCUUUCCUCUAUUUAUUUCUCGAACGACGGCGCCUUUUCGAGUCCCACGCCAUCAUUUGUCGCCAGUCCGGUUGCCUAUCUCGGGCGCUGUCCUCGACUAUCUUCCGGUUCGCAUAUCCUCGGCGCCGUGUUGACGAGAUAGAUAGAAGAUAGAAAGAGUAUAUGAUAUAGAUAGCUAGCUAGUUAGUUAGGUGGGUGGGUAAGUAAAUAAAUAGAUAGAUAGAUAGAUAGAUAGAUAGAUAGAUAGAUAUAGAUAGAUAGAUAGAGGGAGGGAAGAGUCGCGUGCGUCCUCUUGUAACGCAUAAUAUUGUCUCAUGCGCCGGACGAGAAACGUCGAGCAUCGUAGCCGCGGCGUCGCGACGCUCGCGGACAAGCUCUCGACUCUGCGUGAUUCGUGGCAGUGAGUGUCAGCGCAUCGAAGCGUCGUACAAGCGACAUGCGCUACGGCUGGCGGCGGCCUUGUCAAGUGUCGACUGCGAUCAGGAGGACGGUGAUCAGAACGGAGAGGACGACGCGACAAGGAUACUAUCAACGCCGGUAGAAAAAAAAAAGUCGAGAAACGAAGACGUCGUCGAGACGCUGGUGGUGAAAGGUGUUGCGAGUACGAGAGGACGCAUGACGAGGAAAAGAGGGUGACUGGCAUGAACGACGUGGACGACGUUGCCGAGGACUUUCGUGGCGAUGCCCGUGGAAGUAGCGCUACGAACUACACGAAAACGAAGACGACGAAGACGACGAUUACGUUCCUCGUGUACGCCCCGACCGCCGUACGGUCGACCUGAUCGACGACACCCGGUCGUAACGAUUCGCGAACUAUCGCGCAGCGAUCCGCGUGCAUGUAGGUGCCGAUUAGCUAUGUGCGAAUUUGCGUCGUAGAAGGCGCAAUCCGAGGUCAAUAAUAAAACGUGAAGAUUUGAGAUUCUUUUCGAGUGUUUUAUGUGCUAUCUGCACAUAUAGGAGAAAUCAGAUCAUUUAUUAGCUCUCGGAUGAAAAGACUUCCUAACGAAGAAAAGGACUUUCUUUGAUGACAAGAAUCUCCUCUGAAGAAAGAAUUUUGCCUAGGCAAAAAUUUUUGUCGAAGACAAAGAUCAUAAAGACACUGAGCUUCUUGUAGAAAGGCUCUCCUCUUUAACAUCGUGCGUGCCUUUCAGCUCGAAGAAUCUUAUGCAGAGGUAUCUAAUGGAUUUUAUAAACCGGGAUGGAAGAUCGUCCACGGUUACCGGAAGACGUCCAAAGACGGCGCUUAACGUACACAACGAUUUAAAGUGCGCGUGACACGAGGGGAAUCAUGAACGUUCCCACCAACGGCCUUUCGGUGCGGCGAUGCAGCACGACGUGCAUCGCGUGAUUCGCGCCAGUUUCAAGUAGAGGAUCGGCCUCCUCCUUCUCCUCUUUCUCCUCUUCCUCCCUAACGUCGUAAGUACCGCGGCGGCGGCCACCGCUAACGGUGCAACGCGCUAGCCCCGUCUCUCCCUCUCAAACCCCCAUAUUCGCGGGGGUACAAUCCUUACGACGAGGACACGCACACCAGGGUGGCACGAUAGUAUGACGGUGAUGCUGCUGCAACGUUCAGUCACCCCGCAGUCGACGCACAGCCAAAAGACAGCGACGAAGGACUGCAGCGCGAAACCGCCCUUUCUCUUUCUGCUAGACGAUCGUGAGGAGCAUCGGCACUCGACCGAUACCAACACCACGACUACUACAAAUAACAACAAUAACAAUAAUAAUAAUAAUAACAACAAUAAUAAUAUCAACAAUAAUAACAACGUCUUCAAGAGGGGCGACGCCCGGAGGAGCAGCAGCCACGAUUGCGUCGCCGACGAGGCGCCGUCGUCGGUGACGUCCCAACGACUCGCCGGCGGUGGUCAGGACGUCGCAAUGCGAUAUUACCGUCUCUGGAUUUACGCCUGUAACCUGGUGUUGCUCGGUAGCGCGGUUGGCUUCGCCGCCGCGGUGUCGCAGACUCUCUUAUUCACCGGCGACCCACGCCGGUACGUGGUGCCAGGUGUACCUCGCGUCUACGAUCCCACCGCACUCUACGGCUAUCUGGCAUUGGCGGCACAGUUAGGCUUGGUGCAAUUGCUCGGCUGCAUCGCCGCCAGACGGCUCAGUGCCCGGCUGCUUCACUUCUACUGGAUACUGCUGCUGGUACUGCUGUUCGGCGACGCCGUAGUAGGCGUCGCUUGGAUUUUCCGUUUCGAAAAGAUGCGCACCGAUCUCAGGCCCACGCUCAGACUGCGUUUGCAGGUAGAUUACGGUAAGGAACCGCGAUUCAGCGAGCAGUGGGACCGACUUCAACGAGAGUUUGAGUGUUGCGGAGUAACUGGACCCAAGGAUUUCUCAAAUUCCCGCUGGCCGCAAACUUGUUGCGAACCAAGUCUGAAUGCGAGUGAGCCCUGUCAGAGUCCGUACGGACGCGGUUGCGAGGAGUCGCUUGUACGCUGGCUUAGAAAAACAGCGGAUCUGCUGUUCGUCCUAGGUUUUUGCGUGAUCGCAUUCGCCAAGCUCUGCUUCCUCGGAAUAUUACGCUACGAGAUACGGGAGAUGAUACAGAAGAUACGUUUGCUGAGGGAACCGCCGCCGCCGGCUACGCCAUUUGCACAACCGCCCUUCUGCCAAGUGCUGCCGGAAACCGCCAAUAACGGCAGUAUCGCUAGACGCACAACGCUGCCUAACGCGGUCAUACCUUCCGGCAACGCAUCACUGUUGCUGCAGUCAGACGAAUGCAAUACCGGCCGGCAUCCCUUGCUGGCGAACAAUCUACAGGAUGGCGGCGCCGACAGCGACACCAACAGCCAUUGCGCGCUGAUACUGGAAGAAUCGACACCUACUUCGGCCAACAACCACAACAAUUGCACGACUGGCGGCCGCGAAAAGAGCAACGGCAACAACAACUACGAGAUGCGUGAGUUUAAUCGCAGAUUGCUGCUAUCAAACGGCGCCAGUCCGGGAACAGGCGUAACGGUAACGAGCAGUCAGAGUAAGCGUACCUGACUAUGGAGAUGGUGGCUAAACACCUCGAAUCGUUUCCUAUACAGGAGCAAUAGGCGGCAUGCCGACAUAGCGCUAUAUAAAUAGAACAACAACGUAUAUACACAUACUCUCUCAGGCGGUUUAGUUUCUUUCUUAAGAGAAAGUAAAACAUACAGCGAGCUACUGGCUGGCGCGAGUCCAACAGACGGUGGAGGAAACGCUGUCGUCAUCAUUGUGUCGAUUAGAUCGGCGAGAGUGAAAGGGUUGACAACCACUGCAUAACUUGUCUCUUAUAGCUUGUCCCCUUUUACCUUUAAGUCUGCCGAUUCGCGGUAGUGUGCGCUUAACAUAGUAACACUAAGAAAGACCGUGGCGACAGACGUUGACGUUGAACGCUGAAACACAUGAGAGACCAAGAGCAUUCACGAAUCGAUAUCACGAUGGAAUUAUACAUUAAUGAAAGACCAAAUCAAAACGUAUAUACAGUAGUAAGAAUAUCUCCGUUUUGUAAGGCGAAACUCGCGAAGGGAAGUUUGAAUUUACGAAGAUCGCGCAAAAAUGAAAUUCGAUCGAUUUUAUGCCAUCGAAAAGAAUGAGGCUGAUUCGGCACGUUGCCCUAUGAUUCCUUAAACGAGUGGCUCACCCCGCGUGAAAGACAGUCGAAGAACAGUUCUAUUUAUGGUUCGUAUUCUCGCAGUCAUAUGCUAAUUUUGCCAUCGUCGACGUCGAGAGUUAUAAAGAGUAGAUACAUACUAAUUUUAAAUGACCGUUAGAGACUAUUUUCCUUAGUCUUCUGACUUUUAUAUUCCUACUUUUCCUAUGUAAGCUUUCGCUAUAUUUGUGUGCAUUAUAUCGCGGGUUGCUCAUCAACUGCCCUGAACUCUCUUCGCAAGUAUAUACCUUAUAUGCAUGUCCUUCCGUCCUCGCGGUCGGCGUAACUACUUUUGUAGAAUUAUUUUUAAUCGUGAAAAUUAUCUUACGCUUCCCAUCCGAGUAAAACACAUCAUUGAUCAUCUCAUCAAUGUACCGGAUAUCGUUUAUCGUGUCGUUUCUCAUGCGAUAUUAAGUCAUACAAAUCAUGCUGGUAGUAUAUCAUAAUCGGGAGAGUAAUUAUCAUCAUUUGUAAAUAGUACAUGAGGUUUUUGUUCCGUAUUUACAUUUCGUUGUCCUCGGGUUGACAAUUCUGCGAGUUAAUUAAAAACUUUGAGUUAGUAAUUGGGUAUCUCCCAAAUCUGAUAUAUCUUGAUAUAUCUUUUGUAUCUAGGAUAUAAACGCAUUAUCUCUAUAGAGAGCAUACAGUUCCAUUUUCUUUCUUUCUAUUUUAUGUCUCAAAAAUGUUUAAAAGAUCUCUCCCAAUCUUUCAAAUAUUUUUGAAAUAUCUUUUCAAUUUGCGAUGUCUUUGUCAGUAAGUAUUAUAUUAAUAAAUAUUACAUUAACACAAUGUUCAAAAAGGAAACAAUUUAAUUAUUAAAAAUAAUAACCAACGCUAAUCGAUGUUGUCCAAAUUCCAAAAGAAAAACUUGCGAUUCAAGACUUGUUAAUAGCUUUUGUUGUUCAAAAAGAAACUUGAAACUUUUUAUACGCAUUCGUUUCUCUUUAAUAAUAAAGACAACCUGUGUAUCUGUCUAGACAAGGUAACUGCGCUUCUCGGGAACGUUGCCGCCUGAUGAAUUAUUGAACCACGCGACUAUACUCGUGAAGUUCUAUAAUUCUUUACCUUUCUUAGACCUUUAAGGAUAAUUACGAGAGAAUAUUAUGAUAUACUGCCAAAUUGAUUCUCCUCCCCCAUUACCGAUAAAAUGGAUGUAUAUCUAUUUGGAUAAACCUUAAACAAGGAAAGUUCGUUUAUUUUCUUCGUUAAUGAUAUAAUAGUAAAAGAGAACAAGAGAGAGAAAGAAAAAGAAAUAUUUCCAAUAUGUAAGCGACGAUUAAACAAUUCCUAAUUGCUUUUACAUAUAUACAUUUAAAAAAUACGCGUCAUGCAAGUAGCUUGUACUGAUUUGUUCUUCGUAAUUCGACCAUCAUUAUUGAGCUAAAAUAAAAACGUAGAACGCAGAUAUUAUUUCAUUUUCAUCUUUCGAAUUUGUUUCUCUUUGCAUGCCUCAUCAGCUCUUUUGCCUCAAUAAUGGAGAUCCAUCUUAUAAUCGAUAAAAAUUUAGGAUACUAAAUCGAAAUAAUUGGCUUCCUAGUUAGGCUUAAAGGAAUCUUAGGGUUAUAUAUCUACUGGAGAUGUAAUGAUAAGGGAUAUAUAUAUAUAGAGAGAAAGAGUAGACAGAUUGUAUAUAUCGACAUAUAAUAGAAAUAAUACUACGUGUCGAUCGUCUGCUUAAGGAAAAACCGAGACAUUAUCUGUUAACUGUUCGAAGUCAUGCGCGCGUCUCUGUCAUGCUAAUGAACGGGACACUUUACGUUAAUCUAUCUGUCGCAGUUGGAUUUAUGUGUAUCGUGAAAUCUGAUGUUUCACACAUCUCCAAGUAUAAUUACACUAGUCUGGACAACAGGGUAAUUAUUAAUCACGAAAGAUUAUCUGAACAUUCUUAGGCCACUAUUAGCAAUGUGAAAUAUUGCGCGUUGUCGCGAUAAGAUGUAAAGUCGAUCCCUUCGAUAUCUUUUCAGUGUUUAUUGACAAUGCACAAGUCCGAUCAUUCUUUCUUAAUCAGACCAUCGAAUUAUCGUUGAAUGUAAUAAGCUAAUAAUAACGUCAAAAAGCUUACACCUCGCAGACACACAGCCUCUGCCACUGAAUGUAUAUAAAGAUGUUAUAUACAAGAGAUAGAUUAAUCUUUUUUUUAAUUAAUUAGUCAAAUGAAAAAUACGUUCGAAAAAAAAUGUACGAAACUUAUAUCAUACUUUGAAUCACAUACAAAAAAAAAAAAUAUUUAAAUUCGCUUCGGUUCUCAUAUUAAUGUAUUAUCUACUACAAAAAAAAAGAAAAAGAAAAAAGAA